CAUAGGCAUGAUUCGUGUCAAAAUAAAAUACGGUGUGAUAAAUGUAAUUGUUGUACCCUGUGUGGGUCUGAAAUGAUGUGUGAUCACUAUAACCCAUAUAAUAAUUGUGAUGAAUGUUGGAAUCGAAUCGAGAAUAUGCAAGAAUAAAAUAUAGUUGAGUGUGCUUCUUGCUCAGAACAAUGUAACCGCUUCUUAGAAACUCCGCCUUGAGAUGAUGCAACCUCUGCUGAGGAAAGCCCGCUGAAAGACAAAACUCCGCCACUUUCUAAAGAUCCAACAGGAGAACAGCGCGCCAAGAGGCAGAGACUUCCAGACUUUCAAAGGACCCAAUAAGGGACGGAAAUCUACCCCAGCAACUCGAAUGAUCCAGUGGAGGAAGAGCAGGACGGCUCUCUGGUAAACGGGGAUUGGUCAAGACGCAGAUGCAAGAGUAUAAAAGACCCUGCUGUUAGAACUCGGGGUGUGUGGCGGAGCUGAGACUCCCCGCGCACCCAGCGCUGCUUUGCUUAUUGCUUCUCACCCUAAAUUGAUUGAACCCAAAUAAAAUUGUAUGCUUGUUAUGAGAUUGGACUUCAGUCAAUUAUAACAAUUUGGUGACCCCGACGUGAUCUCCAAGUGGUUUCCUGAAUUGUUGUUCCUCAGGGGGCACCCCACAAAUUGUGGCUCGAGGAAUAGCAGUCUGGGUUAAUCUGUGGAGAUCAACGAGCGAAAAGAGAGGCAAUAACCAAAGGAAUCGGAGCUCCAAGGGAAAGACUGCAGUAUAAAUUACCCGUAAUUCUGGUGCACGAAAAUCUGAGUGAAGACGACGGAGUCAAACUGCGAUAAGGACGGCUGAAAAGGGAUGGACACACGCAUCAAGGGUGAAGGGACCUAUAGAGGAAUGGAGGGUCGUAACUGAACCUGGAAAUACCAAACUCACCUUUAAAAGGACUUGAUGAGGGAGGUUCAUAUUGACUUCUGUAAAAAAGUAAAUUCUAAUUGAACAGCGUAUAGAAAGCAGACGUACUUUAGCUUUUCCCCACUUUUUCCAAGUCCUUGUUCGUGCUGGAAGUCCUGUAUUGAGUAAAAUAAUUCCUAUCACCCACAAAGAGAAGAAAGGCACACCCUGGUAAAAGCCGGAGAGGGCAAGGCCGGAGGGAAUCGGUGCUGCAGCUUACAAGGUCUUCCGAGGUCUGCAACCCCUGAGGUGGUGACCGCUGAGCAUUAUGAUCCUGACCGGACCUCUCUUGGUAUGGGUCCUGAUUGGAACCCUGGGGGAAGGUGUGGACACCUCUUCCGACCAUUGCAGUGAGUGUAUUGCUGUAACAAUGCAAGGUGAUACAGUCUCCCAUACAUUGAUCUACUAUACCCACUACGAAUGUAAAGGGCAGAUCAUGGGUGAUUGCAUAUACAAUCAAACCAAAUAUAAACUCUGUAAGGAUCUUUCAACCAACAAGGUCAUGUGCUAUGAUCCUGAUAUACUUCCAACUCUCUAUUGGAUAGAAUUGAGAACAGAAGGAUACAUAAAGAAAGGGAAAUAUAAAUAUGAUGGAUGGAAAACUUUGGCAGUAAGUAAUCAGGUUUAUAGUCCUAAUUCCCCAGUAUCGGUCAUUUUUGAUGUCUGCCAAGCGGUAGAUAGGGACUAUUACUCAGCUGACUGUGGAGAUAUAAAUCAGAGGAGACAAUAUGGGAAAACCGAAAAAUACAUGUGUAUGAAUCGUGGGAAUUCUUAUCUCGCAUCCGGGGUCCACGGAGGCCACUUGUGUGGAAAUACAUGGGAGGCUGUGUGUUGGGCAACCGCUAACUGGGGCUAUGAAUAUCAUUGUCCCUAUCUGAAGGCCAAAUUGGAAAAGAUAAAGGCAAGCCCAACUUGUGGACUUUAUAACUGUACGCUGGUCAAUCUAACAAUUAUAGAUCCUUUGUCUUGGAGAGUAACGAAAAAGGUAACAGAUUUCGGAAUCAAGAUCUGGGCCUCCGGUUAUGAUCCAGGAGCCAUAGUCCGAAUAGUUUAUCAUCAAGAAGUAAGGCAAACCAUAGAACAUCGUUUGUUAUUCAACUCGUUUUAUCAUGAAAUGGAAACAGGAGUCAAAUAUGAAAUUCCCACAGUUAUGAACAGGUUAGAGAAAAGAAGAAAGUAGCCCAUGUCCCAGUGCAAACGUGGAAUGGGUUUAAUGUUGGAAAUUUAGGAUCAUGGAGGUCAUUCUUUAAUGGUGAUUGGAUUACUAACGUGGGUAUUGUACUCCUAGGAAUAUGUGGAGGGCUGUUAAUUAUCCCUUGUAUAAUUCCAUGUUUUACUCGGUUAAUACGAUCGGUGGUACAAAGUAUGCAACCAGAAAUAAAGAAUAAUAAGACUCCAUUAAGGUAUUAGAGACUGAAACAACCCCAACUUUAACGGCAGCACGGAAAGCUGUUAUCAAAUUAGAAACCAAGACACGAAUCAAUAAGAUAAACAAAGACAAAGGGGGGAAUUGUGGAAAACAUAGGCAUGAUUCAUGUCAAAAUAAAAUACGGUGUGAUAAAUGAAUUGUUGUACCCUGUGUGGGUCUGAAAUGAUGUGUGAUCACUAUAACCCAUAUAAUAAUUGUGAUGAAUGUUGGAAUCGAAUCGAGAAUAUGCAAGAAUAAAAUAUAGUUGAGUGUGCUUCUUGCUCAGAACAAUGUAACCGCUUCUUAGAAACUCCGCCUUGAGAUGAUGCAACCUCUGCUGAGGAAAGCCCGCUGAAAGACAAAACUCCGCCACUUUCUAAAGAUCCAACAGGAGAACAGCGCGCCAAGAGGCAGAGACUUCCAGACUUUCAAAGGACCCAAUAAGGGACGGAAAUCUACCCCAGCAACUCGAAUGAUCCAGUGGAGGAAGAGCAGGACGGCUCUCUGGUAAACGGGGAUUGGUCAAGACGCAGAUGCAAGAGUAUAAAAGACCCUGCUGUUAGAACUCGGGGUGUGUGGCGGAGCUGAGACUCCCCGCGCACCCAGCGCUGCUUUGCUUAUUGCUUCUCACCCUAAAUUGAUUGAACCCAAAUAAAAUUGUAUGCUUGUUAUGA